GCCAUCGUUCAACAUCACUCAGUUGUCUUUGCUUCCUCUGUCCACUUCUCCGCACAAUCGUCCAAGUUUUUGGAACGUUCCUAACUUUUAGUGAAUUUCCUAAGUGAGAAGAAGAAGAAAAACAAAAGAAAAUCAUCAUGCAGCCUUUAUUCAGACCCAUGGAAGGACAUCAACUCCAUCACUUUGCCAAUUUUCAUCAUUUGAGCCAACAUCAUCACGAAGCGAUGGCCGCCGCUGCUGCCGCCGCUGCUGCCGCCGCCCGGAUGAAUUCAACUCCGGUCAGCGAUGAAGAGCUCGACAUGGAUGAUUCAGUUUCACUGUCCAGCAACCAAGACGGUUCUUGCACAUCACCAUCAGUUCCUCGUCAAGACAAAGUCACUGAAUCGCAUCAGAAUAACAUGGCCGCUGGUUCAGCUUCGAAUUCAAACAACAUGGGAUCAUCAUCUGACGCCAAUCAACAGGGUCAAGGCCCAGCUGUGCGCCGUUACAGGACGGCCUUCAGCCGCGAACAAUUGGCCCGUCUGGAGAAAGAAUUCCUCCAGGAGAACUACGUCUCUCGUCCUAGACGUUGUGAACUCGCCGCUCAACUCGGCCUGCAAGAGUCCACCAUCAAAGUCUGGUUCCAAAACCGACGCAUGAAGGACAAACGUCAACGUAUGUCGCUCGCCUGGCCCGUCGCUGAUCCCAUGUUCGCCGCAUAUCUGCUGCAGGCUGCUGGAUAUCCUUACCCACUGCCCGGUAUGCCGAUGAACCCGGCCGCUUGCUACGGACAAGUGCCCCAACAUCAAUCAGCUGCUGGAUCUAUCGGCAUGAAUCGAUACUCUCCUUAUGGAGCUAUGCCGCUGCGCCCCCAUCCGCACACUCCACCGACUGCCCAUCACCCAGUUUUCGGAUUCCCAGGCGCCACUUCAUCGCCACUUUGCCCCAGCUCUCUUCGUUUGCCCACUGGACAGUAUGCUAUCCCAUCGAGCGCUGGAAGUCCGAGCAGCAGCACUGCUAACAACGUCCCGCUGUCGUUGAAGAUGCCGCCAACUCCUCCGGCUCAUCCUCAACUUCGUUUGCCGACAUCUCCUUCGGCUUUGAGCGGAGCUAGCCGAACUCCGUCUCCAGUUUCUCCGCUCUACAGCUCGAAUUCGAUCAGCAGCAGCACGACUGCCCAGUUGGCCAGCAACGGACACAACAGCAGCUUUUCUUGCGAUCGUUCGGAUCGUUCGGAUCGUUCCGUCAGCUCUCCAAUCACUCCGCCGGCUACUCAAACUUCUCCGCCUGCCAAUCCACCGCGUCUGUUCCAGCCGUACAAGUUGCACGACUUGCCCACUGAGAAAGUUUAAAGCGCUUUUAAUUUUCUGCGUCGAUUAUUGAAAAUCUUUUUUCCUCUGCUGUUUUGAUGCGCUACAUAUUAACUACUGCUACACACCCACAAAGUUCCUCAGUUUAAUUAAUACUCGUUUGAAUCUUUUGUUUUUCAAUCUGCGUGUCACAUGUUUUUACAUCCCCGAGCUGAAUUUUUGUGUUACUCAAUUCCGUUGAAUUAUUUGUAAAUAAUUUUGUCGUUUCAAUGUC